UUUUUCCUCCUAGAUUCCUGUAAACCUGUUACCUAACAAGGUCAGCAUCACUUAGCUGUUCUCACCCUCUAAUGGGAACACUGGCCAGGGAUUAAAGCCCAGACCACCAUCCCAAGGAAGACAGGAAGACAUCCGGAGCCUCCAACUAGGAACCUUCUGCACUCUCUUCAACCAACUCACAGCAGCACCAACAGUUGCAAUGAAAAUUCUAAUCUCUUCUCUCCUUCUGUUGCUGCCACUAAUGCUGAUGCCUGUGGUCUCUAGCAGCCCAAAUCCAGUGCCUGGCCAUGACCUGUUGCCUUCCACCAGGGGUCGCCAGAGGCCAUCGGGAUAAUCGCCAGGCUCCUAGUAGGAGGCUCCAGGAAGAUGGCCAAGAAUGUGAGUGCAAAGACUGGUUCCUGAGAGCUCAUAAAAGAAAACUUAUAACAGUGCCUGGGAUGCCAAAGAAGCAGUGUCCCUGUGAUCAUUUCAAGGCCAAUGUGAAGAAAACCAGGAACCAAAGGCACCACAGGAAGCCAAACAAGCACUCCAGAGCCUGCCAGGAAUUUCUCAAGCAAUGUCAAUUAAAGAGCUUUGCUCUGCCUUUAUAGGAGCUCUGAGGACCUGCUCUCUCAAUGCAACAUUCUCAUCAAGAACGUAGUGAGCGCACCUAGAGGAUGCUCUUCUCCCACUUCCAGCUCCCCCUCCCUGUCCCCACUCCAAUUGUUCUCACAAAGCAUUUUGCCCAAGAUUAUUGCUCCCUCUAGUGCCCGAUUCUCUUUUCAAGUGCGCCACCACCCCUCCCCCCCAUCAAUCCUUUCCCAGGGCUUAAGUCUAAUUACCCAAAAGAAAUCUGGAAAUCCUGGUUUCUUAGCUGGUCCCAAAUGACCUUAAAUAUAACCAUGCAAGUAGCAAACAGAAGUCAAUAAAUAUUUUUAAAUGUAA